AUCAAGCCCACAAUAUCAACAUAACUAGUAUGAUAUAAUGUAUACUUCCUUAUGUUAAGUUUUUAAAAGCUAUUUUUCGAACAUAGACUGUGUAUGACGAAAGACAAAUCAAAACUGCAUUACCCAUACUUCCCUCUGUGCAAAUAAACUCGGGGUUAAAGGUCGAUAAAAAGUCAGAACUGCCUGCUUCUACGAUUGAUUUGAUCAUGGCAUCAGACGGAUCAGGGGUGCCCUCAGGUUCACCAGAGGACCACAGAGGUGAAGGGACUCACCCGACAGACACACCCAGUCCAGGGGCAGGGGUCCCGGCUGACCCUAACAGUGCUAAAGACACCUUAAAGGCUACAGCAGAACGGUAUGAAGAUGGAGUCAACGUGUGCCAGUUUUUCCUGAUGGGAAAGUGUCAUUUUGGACACAAAUGUCGUUUGUCUCACAGCGAUCCAUCACUAGAUGAUUCAGGGGCUGUGUCACCUGAUCAGGAUGACACACAGGACGGAGAGAAGACGGAAAAACACAGGAAGAAGAAAGGCAAAGUGAAGAAACCAAAAAAGCUGGAACACGAGGGAAGAGAGAUGAACAAAAAGCCUCGUAUGCGCACAGCAGAUGAUGUCAUCUCCCGGAUCCUGUGGGACUCCUCGGUGGACGCAUCAGAGUUUGUGGUGGGCUACGUGGAUCGCUUCCUUGGUGUGCUGGAGCGGCCCUUCUGUGACUUCAACUGGGACACCAACCCCUGCGACUGUGAUUACUCCACUGAGCUGGCCUUGCCCAGACACAGGAUCCAGUACUUCACCUACAGAGGGCACCGCGUCUGGGACCGCCACAGCAGAACUGACAGGGUGUUCGGCUCCACAGGUCAAUCUCUGGCUCCCCCCUUUGGAGGGGAGGAGGAAGUAAAGGAAAUGAACACAGAAGUCCAAGAGCAACAACCAGACUGCCUUAAAACAACAGAGGAGCAACCACCUGCUGUCAAUGGGCAGGAAGAGGGUGAAACAGAAGAGCGCACUCAAACUGAGAACACACAUCUGGAGGAGGAGGAGCAGAAUGAGAUGAAUAUUUACACCCCUGACUCAACACAACCAGCUCCAAAGUGUAGGGGAGACGCCUCUCAGCAACAACAGGAAUCACGAGGAGCAUGUGUUGUGGAGGAGGCUGCAAAUAGACACGAGGCUUCAACUGACCAAGAAGAGGGAGAGACUUUGGCAGAAUGGCAAGAAAGCUGGGAUGGCAAUGAGGAUGCUUCGCAUCAUCUUGAGGCCCUGAAUAUUGGUCAGGAUCCAUCAGCACCUCUGGAGCAGAGGGAAGAGAAACGUGGCGGUCGCCCCCCUAAAAAACGACCCACGCAUUUCAUCACCUUCAAGGCCAACACUCCUGCGAUCCUCUCCUGUUUCCAGCAGCUGCAGGAGGAGAUCAGCUCUGUUUUACCCUCCUCUGCCCCUCACUGGCAGACCGCCUCCAGCCUUCAUGUCACCCUGUGCCUCCUGGUGCUGCACGGCCCAGCUGAGGUAGCCGCUGCCGGGGAAAUCCUCCGACAGUUUGCCCAUUUGGAUCGCAACCCUCCGGUGGCCGUGACCUUUCCCGUGAAGCUGAAACACUUCAAUGGGAAGGUGCUCUACCUGAGUCCCCAACCUCAACUCCACCUCCAGCAGCUCAACAGCGGCCUACAGGAAGCCUACAGGAAGGAGGGCUUGCUCCACAGGGACUCCUACAACCCGCGCUACCACCUCACUCUGGCCAAGGUAGAGGACAAGGAGGGAGAGAGGGUUUUUGAUGCGGUGGGGGAGCUGAAGGUGGGGAAGGGUUUAAAUUUUGGGCGUCUGCCAGUCAACACGUUACAUCUUUGUGCCGUGGGCGGUUCCAAAGUAGAUGGUUUUUUUGAGACCAUAUGCACGGUAACUCUUCGAUGAUAGGAAAGCAAAGCGUUUCAUAUGCACACACUACAGACAUGUUGUUACUUGACAUAACUGGGUGCAAUACCACUGAGGUGCAUUUACACAGGCCAUGCUGCCUUACCGACCAAAUUCAAUGUCUGUUUUUAAAUUUUUUAAGUUAGUAAUAUUAUAGAGGAUGCACUUUUAAAGAUACUUGGGUAAAAGACAUUUUUAUAAAAGGGCCAAAGGGUGUAAAGUGAAACUUAAUGCAGAACUGCAGGGCAGGUAAACCCCCUGUUUUUAUUAAUGAAUGUAUUUUAAUCCGUUAAAUUCACACUUUAUUUCAUAAUGAUAUUUGAUAUUUCAAGAUGAGAAAUGAAUGUAACUUAGUACAGGUGAUUCAUAAUGCAAGUUGAUACAAUACAUCCAGAACUUGCUUAAAGCGUAAAUGUUUACCUGCCUCAACAGAAGAAUAUGAAGACUAAACACAGACUGGAUGAAGCUCUAUAACAUUAAUUGCACUUUACUCUGCACAAAAUUCUUUUGCACAGAGUCUGUUUUUCAUGUUAUAAUGCAAAGUUUCAUGCGUCUUCUUAUUUGUUUCCUUUAGUUGUUAGAAACUAAUGAUAAAGAUAAACACACAUUUGCCAGUAAAGCAGUUUUCAAAAUAAGAGCUAAAACGGUUAGUAAUAGAUUAGAAGAACGAUUAGAAGUAGUAGAGUAUCUACUCCCUUAAAAUACAAUAAUUGCCUUAAGAAGAAUGUCUGUCCUCUUAUGUUUUAUCUGGUGGGAAAUAUAAGGUGAUUAGGGCCAACUUCAGCCAUCAAGCCCCACAUUGAACAUUAUUGAUAUUUACUGUUUUACUGCUGCACAGACAGGACAUAUGCACCUGCCAUAAAGGUGCAUACAGGGUACAUAAAUUGUUUACGAGGGGAAGAGAUUAUGUUUUCUUUACAGCCAUGAAUUAACCAAAGUACUUGUUUUCUGCAGCUUGUAAUUCCACGAUUUAUACAAUCUGUUUUGUAUGAAUAUUGAAUGGACUUUGUUGCACAAGAACGAUGACUUUGUAUAAUUUUACAAUGAAUUAUAACCACUAGAUUGUCGAGGACAUUAAAUAUUGAAUUGGUUAUUUUAAA